GAAAGAUGGGAAAACUACGAAGCGAUCGGCAAGUUGAUCAGUGGUACGAGAUUCAUUGCAUUCAAAGUUCCUCUGGCCGAGAAAUUUAAUAGGCACCUCCCACUUGGUGUUACCCCAUUCACUCCACAUUUGUUAGUCGAAGAAGUCAAGAGACAGAACUUCAAAUUAGGAUUAGUGAUUGAUCUAACUAACACCAACAAAUACUAUCUUGAUAAGGUUGGCUUUAUAACCUACUUUAAGUACAAAAAAAUCUACACCGAAGGCCACAAAGUACCCAACGCUAAAGUUAUCAAACAAUUCUUUGCAGCUGUUGAUACCUUCCUUAAAGAGAAUAAUGAUAAUUCAGAUGUUAUUGGCGUACAUUGCACUCAUGGAAUAAAUAGAACGGGUUAUUUGAUAUGUCGGUUAGUUAGUUAA